AUGUCGAAGGCCGCCAAGAAGAAGUCGAGCAAGAAGAGAUCCGGAUCUGAGGCCGCCCAGUUCGAUCAGAAAACCAUCAAUGAAUUCAAAGAGGCCUUCGGUAUCAUGGAUCAGAACAAGGAUGGUAUCAUCGACAAGGGUGAUCUCAAGGAUCUCUACGCCGUUAUGGGACAGAUUGCAUCUGACUCACAAAUCGAGGCCAUGAUCAAAGAGGCUCCAGGACCAAUCAACUUCACUGUCUUCCUUACCUUAUUCGGAGAGCGAUUGACAGGAACUGACCCCGAAUCGACGAUCGUUGGCGCUUUCAAUAUGUUCGAUAAGAAAGACUGUGGAAAGCUGAAGGAAGAAGAAUUGUUAAAAAUUCUUCAAAACAAGCGAGGAGAGCCUCUGGACGAUGAUGAGAUCAAGGCCAUGUACAAGGGUAAGCCACCAAUCGAGAACGGUGAAGUCGACUACAAGGCAUUCGCUCAUCUCAUCACUACCGGAGCUCAAGACGAACUCACUGCCGCAUAA